GACUACUUUACUAUAAAUACCAUUCUUCUCGGGUAUCUCUGUCUCUCGGCUUCUUUUCAGCGGCAGCUCUUUACUCGGAGAUAUUUCUAGGGUUUGCAAAAGUCUGCUAAAAGCUCCCUCUUCUCUCUCAACCCAAUCCAAGAUGGUUCUUCCUAACGACAUCGAUCUGCUGAAUCCUCCGGCGGAGCUUGAGAAGAAGAGGCACAAGCUCAAGCGUCUCGUGCAGUCACCGAAUUCCUUUUUCAUGGAUGUGAAAUGCCAGGGGUGCUUCAACAUAACCACUGUUUUUAGCCACUCCCAGACUGUUGUGGUCUGUGGCAACUGCCAGACCGUCUUGUGUCAGCCUACGGGAGGGCGUGCAAGACUCACCGAAGGAUGCUCUUUUAGGAGGAAGGGUGAUUGAGGGUGUUACACUGAUCUGUUUUGACCUUCCUCAUCAUCAUCUUAUAGUCGAGUUAGUAUGAGUUAGCAUGCUUUCCGAGCAUGAGGCGUCUUUUGCUUUAUUCUGAUGGUUUGUUUGCACUUUGGGAUGUGCCUUUGUCUGUCCCCAUAUAUGAUGGUUAUUUAGUUUUGUUUUGCCAUGUUUUGUUUUUGCAAAUUGCUUGGAGUACCAAAACAUUUUCCCACCUUAUGAGAUAACACUAGUGGCAUGAUGGUUAUUGGCAUCUGAAUAUUCCUCGUGCGAUUCUGUUUCAUCACAUACAUUUUGGGGUUUUAAUCUCCCUUCAUUUG